GCAACUUUUUAAUUUAACAUGUCAAAAUCAACUAAAUUCACUUUUUCUGAGUUUAAUUUUCAAAAUUUGUAGUAGUAUCGUUUUUAAGUAGUAGUAUCGUUUUUAAGUGAUUUUUCGGCGAACCUGUGCAAAAAUGUAUAGCAUGCGAACUAUCGCGGUUUUAAAACUAGGCAAAGGUCUAAUGUGCCCUCGCCUUCGUGCUGGUUCCUCAAAUAAAGGCGAUUCAAAGAAGGAGUCUUGUAAAAGCGAAGUAUCCAAACAAAAUGAGAAGGCAAAGAAGGAUUUUUGUGGAAAAGUCAUACGACCUACCUCGCCCCGCUGUAACAAAAAGCCCGUCGGUAAAGAUAAUACAACCGGAGAUAAGUACGUCAAUCCUAAAACACAGUUCGAAAAUGUCCAGACUUUUGCUUCAGUGCCGCAGCACUUUGCUGGUCCUUCGCCAUCAAACAGCAGUUGAGAAUGAAAAGGGACUGUUCAGCAAGCUCGUGGAUAAGUAUACAACCUUCCGGAAGGAGGAAAAGCAUGUGCCACAGGAGGAGGAACCGAAGAGGUCAUAGAAGUAAGCAUUUUUCUUACAGGCUAGGCCAGAAGUCGCCCCUUUCCGCACAAGAUCAUAUAAUGGCUAACAAAUUACCAUAUUGUUGCCGGGGGCCCGACAUGAAUCGGGUCCAUUUUACGGGCAGAUCAUAAAACGGAACGUGAACAGACAUUAUAAAGCCAUAAAGCAUCAACUAUAAUCUGGGCAAAAAUAGCUUUGGGAAAACAGGCAAUGCGCAGACUUAGGCAAGUGAUAUAAUAUCGCAUUUACGAUGUCUAAGCCCACGGCGAUACAAAAGUCGGACUAUAUGGACCAAACGUAUCAAAAUUUAAAGCGAAAACAAUUGAUAGAUAAAAGAGAAUGUUUUGAAUGAA